AUGCGCUCGCGAUCCGCUAGUAUGUCCGGGUCUUACAACGACCUCAAGUUUAACAGCGAUGCCGAGUCCGACAACGCCCACAACCAGCAGUCUGUCAAUCAAGUCGACCACUCUGUUGUCACCAAUCGUGGUGCACCAGCGCGUCACUCCCUGCGCGAGCGUCAUGCGUGGAACAAGGCGGCCGAUACACCAAGGAACGGAAAAACCGGGUCAAAAGGUCGUUCUACUUCACGACAUUGA